CAGGGAUCUGAGAAGAUGAAAGAGGAAAGCAUGUGCCAGGACUCCCCCGAAGGCAGCCUGGUCACUAGUGAGGAGGAGGGCGAGCGGCUUCACAAGAAAUGCCUCCGCAAGCGCGGCCAGCUGGGCAAGCCCAUGGAGGAUUGUGGCUCGCAUUCCCCGCAGGGCAAGCGCAGCAAACGCAGCCCCGUUCCCCAGUCCUUCGAGGACGUGCACACUCAGCGGGUGAUCGCCAAUGUGCGGGAGAGGCAGCGCACCCAGUCACUCAACGAUGCCUUUGCCGAGUUGCGGAAGAUCAUCCCCACGCUGCCCUCCGACAAGCUCAGCAAGAUCCAGACCCUCAAGCUGGCCGCCCGCUACAUAGACUUCUUGUACCAGGUGCUGCAGAGUGAUGAGCUGGACCACAAGAUCACCAGCUGCAACUACCUGGCCCAUGAGAGGCUCAGCUACGCCUUCUCUGUCUGGAGGAUGGAAGGGGCUUGGUCCAUGUCAGCAUCUCACUGA